GGUAGGGUGAGAGGUGAAGGGAGUUCUGGCAUAAAUCUCUUGGCUACAGCUCAUGGUAACACAUGUAGUCAACAGAGCAGUCAAUUCAACGGGUGCCAUGUGGUGACGUCAGCAGCGUGUGAAGCACUGUCCAGGGCCUUUUAGGGCUGAAGUGAGGAGCACCACGAACAUCCAGCAGCUCGGGACAGCUACCACAGACGAACAAACAUCACAAAAUGGGAAACGUCCAACCAACAAUCGUGCCUUACCCAGACUUUGAUGUCGUGGCGGACAUUAAAGCAAUCCGCAAAGCGUGCAAAGGGUGGGGGACUGAUGAACAAGCCAUUAUCGACAUUUUAGCAAAUCGCUCAUCGGCCCAACGCUUGGAAAUAAAACAAGCUUAUUUUGAAAAGUAUGACGAUGAGCUGGAGGAGGUUCUGAAGAAAGAACUGUCGGGGAACUUUGAGAAGGCCAUCAUCGCCAUGCUCGAUCCUCCUAAUGUCUACGCUGUCAAGGAACUGAGGAAGGCCAUGAAGGGGGCAGGCACUGACGAGGACGUGCUGGUGGAGAUUCUGUGCUCAGCCAGCAAUUGGGAGAUUCUGACCUUUAAAGAAACUUACUUCCAAGUGCAUGAGCGUGACCUGGAAGAGGACAUUGAGGGGGACACCAGUGGCGAUGUGAAGAGCCUGCUUAUGUCCCUCCUGCAGGGCAUAAGAGAUGAGACAUACGAGGUAGAUGAAGCCCUGGCUGAACAAGACGCUGCUGCUCUGUUCGAGGCUGGGGAAGGCCGCUUUGGUACAGAUGAAUGCACCUUCAGCUACAUCCUGUCACACAGAAACUAUCUACAGCUGCAGGCCACCUUCAAGAUCUAUGAAUCGCUCUCUGGAACUGAAAUCUUGGAUGCCAUUGACAGUGAGACUUCUGGAACACUGAAAGACUGCUACAUUACUCUUGUGAGGUGCGCCAAGAACCCCCAGCUCUAUUUUGCCCGACGGUUGAACGCAGCCAUGGCGGGAGCGGGCACAGAUGAGGACACCCUCAUCCGAAUCAUUGUGUGUCGCUCCGAGGUUGAUCUAGAGACCAUCAAGGACUUGUACCUGGAGAAGUAUGACGUGUCCCUGAAGGACGACCUGAGGUCUGAGUGCGGCGGUGACUUCAAGCGGCUGUUGUUGGAGAUCCUUCACUGAGGAAUGACUCACCUUGGGCACACAUCACCCAGAGCGGAUCGAGUUACUAACUCCACUCACAACCAUUCCUACUGUAUUCAGACACAUAGCUGGCCGUAGUCACAGUGCAAAAACCUGAAGCACAGCUCUCUCUCUCUUCCGAUCUCACAUGUUUUUCUCACCAAAGUAGUUGCAUUUGAAAAUAACCUCAGGAAAGGCAUUAGUUGGAAUGUUCCUAGCGUUUCUAUGUCAGAUUUAGAAAUGACUUUUUUAGACUUUUGUUUUAUGUCCAACAAAACAGUGUCUUUUUGCCCAGUAUUUCUUUUUUUCAAACAAAUUCUAAAAGAUUCUAAACAAUUAUUUUAAUCAUUAUAUGUAUUUUUAUGUAACAUGCUGAUAAUUAUUUUACAAUAUCAGUUCCAGUUGUGCUUUAAAUUCCCAAUUUAAAAUUUUAUUUCCUUAUGCCAUUUCUGAGCUACUGACAUUUCUUGCAUUUCUGGUAGACAGUUACUGUAUAUUUAUUGUACUGUGAAACCUAAAGAACAGGGACAUCAAACUCAGUUACUUGAGGGCUGUUUCCAAAAACUUCCUAUCUCUUAAUUAAUAGCUCUCCAAAAAUUUAAAGGUGUGUAGGUCUGAAGGUCUGCUUAAUCUUGGCCCUCAGGGAACAGAAUUUGAUGUCAAUGGUUCUGUGAUUAUCAAUCACAAAGUGUUACCUUUGUGAUUGAUAAUCUAAUUUAGGAACUAAGGAACACUGCAAAGAACCUCAAAUGAAGUGUUUCUGUCAAUCAGAUUAUUCUGUUGUAGCGCCAGUAUACACUGGCCCUGUACACUGUCCACAGUGUUACCACACCAUUAACAAAAUAACAAAAAACUUGAUUUAUUUAUGCCAUUAUGUCUCUGCUGUAAAGAUGUGAAACCACUAAUGUGUUGAACAAUAUGGGCAUCUUCCUCAGAAUGGAUUCUUUUGACUAGGAUAAACCAAAAAGAAAACUAGUUUUGAGCUGGCAAAUGCCUUGGUUUCACCCCACAAUCAAAAACAAACCAACAAAAAAUAUGAACAUAAAGCUGUCCAAUAUAGAAAAUCAUAUGGCUUGGUAAAAAGCUGUACACGUUUUCAGUUUUGUUUUUCUAUUGAAGACUAACACAUGCUAAUAUAUAACACAUACUAAUGUAUAUGGUGAUCAUAUACCCUUGUAUGUAGUGACGUUGAAAUAUUAACUGUAGUAUGUGUGAAUAUUAUCUAAACAUAGAUUUAUGAGGAGUGUCCGAUGUCCGCGGGACGAAGUUGUAAGGAGUAAUGGAGUGCUGAUACUGCUGAUCGUUGUGAACCUGUGACUGAAGUGAUUUUAUGGUUUCAUCCUGGCAGCUGCAUUUCUAAUGUCUUUCUUACAAGUAAUUACUCCAGUAUUUUAAUUGUCUGCUUCUUAAACAUCUUGUGACAUUUGUGACCAUUUCCUGAAAUGUAUGUAAUACAGAUAUGACUUCCAUCCAGGGGAUAAAAAGUACUGGCGUAGGUUCCAGUGCAGUUAUAGGAAUACUAAAAUGUAAAUGGAGGAAUCGGGGUAAAUGUAGCCGAAAGCAUUAGUCUCAGUUUGUGCAAAUGCACAUUGCAUAUGUAACAAUAAUAAGAGAAUAAAAAUAUAAGUCAGAAAA